AUGCGCGGUAUUCUCAAGGCUGCGGCCGUCAUUCUAUCAGCACUAUCACAUUCCUCACUUGCUCAUUCCGUUAAACGAAAUGCUUUGAAUUAUAUCAGUCGGCUCGAUAACCCCGUAAUACAUACCGCUUCCAAUCGAGUCCACGCUUAUGCUUCAUUUGAUCUCACAUUCCUACUACACGACGAGAAAGACAAGAUCCGGAUAUCCUUAGAACCUAACCUCGAUGUGCUUUCAGAUUCAGCAGUGGUACGCUAUCUUAGUCCUGAUGGGUCUGUGACGGAAGAGAAGAUACAAAGGACCGACCACAAGGUGUUCAAGGGCCACGCCUUCGUACAACAUCCGCAUCAUUCUGAAUGGAUCAAUUCCGGUUGGGCGAGGAUAACAGUCUAUCGAGAUGGUCCGAGGCCGUUAUUCGAGGGAACGUUUCGGGUCAACGGGAACCACCACCACAUCCAGACGAGCUCUAACUAUAGACAAACGCAGCACGAAGAUGAUCCUAGUGCGGAUGUUGCCGAUGACGAGUACAUGGUCGUCUGGAGGGAUUCGGACAUUAAAUCGAGUUACGAUAUUUCAGAAUUGAAGCGCGAUCUCGGUGAGAACUCGUGUUCGUCUGAUAUGCUUAACUUCAAUAACGAGGACGAGCAUCCUGUGCACCGGGGCUUGGAUCUCCGUGAUUUAUCGGCGGUGGAUGCAAAUAGCCUCUUCGGCCGAGACGAGAUUGACGGGACGACUACUGGGAACGGUGCCGGUGUCAAUCUUACUCAGAGUAUCGGGUCUACUCAAGGUUGUCCCACCACCCGCAAGAUUGCCCUGGUCGGGAUCGCAGCAGAUUGCACAUAUACGGCGCAGUUUCCUAAUAAGAGUGAUGUGCGUUCCCAUAUCGUUCAGCAGGUUAGCUCGGCCUCAGCGCUAUUCGAAAGUUCAUUCAAUAUCUCCCUAGGUAUCCAAAACCUAACCAUCAGUGAUGCGGUAUGCCCGGGAACCCCUCCGGAUAGUGCCAAAUGGAAUGUCGCCUGUGGCGAUAGUGUCACGAUUACGAAUCGACUUAACUUAUUUUCCGAGUGGAGAGGUCGGUUUAACGACACCAAUGCGUACUGGACGUUAAUGAGUACGUGCAAUACCGAUGCAGCUGUAGGAUUAGCAUGGCUAGGACAGCUAUGCUCCCAAGGAUCGGGAACUCAAGCAGACUCGAGCGGAGGAAAUGAAACAAUCGCGGGAGCCAACGUCGUCGUUCGAACCUCGACCGAAUGGCAGGUAUUUGCGCACGAAACAGGUCACACGUUUGGUGCUUUCCACGAUUGUGUACCCGACACCUGCUCAGACGGCACGGUUUCGAUGCAGAAGUGUUGUCCACUUAGUAGCUCUACGUGUAAUGCUAACGGAGCUUUCAUUAUGAACCCAUCUACCUCUGACGGCGUUACGCAAUUCUCCCCUUGUACUAUUGGCAACAUUUGCUCGGCUAUGGGUCGGAAUAGUGUAAGGUCAAGCUGUUUGACGAACAAUAAAAACGUCGUUACAAUCUCACCAAGUCAAUGUGGUAAUGGCAUCGUGGAGACAGGAGAGGACUGCGAUUGUGGAGGUGAAGAAGGAUGCGCCAAUAACAGCUGCUGCGAUCCAGGAACCUGUCGAUUUAAAACCAAUGCCGUAUGCGAUCCGACCAACGAAGACUGUUGUACGGCCCAAUGUCAAUUCAAAUCGUCGGGUUCGGUUUGCAGAGACAGCACUGGUACAUGUGACCCCCAGGAGACCUGUAGUGGUAAUUCUGGGACGUGUCCUGCCGAUGUCAAGUCAGCAGAUGGUCAAGCCUGCGGUGCCAGUGGUGGUGGUUUGACCUGCGCCUCCGGACAGUGUACUUCUCGUGAUUUACAAUGCCGGACGUUAGUAGGUUCGUUGACUAACAAUAACGCGACGUCAGCUUGUGACUCGCAGACCUGUCAACUUCGGUGCGCUUCAUCUGAUCUCGGGCCAAACGCCUGCUAUGAUAUGAAGCAACACUUCCUAGAUGGCACUCCUUGCCAAGGUGGAGGGAAAUGUGGUAAUGGACAAUGUAAGGGAUCAAGCUUCACCGACCAGGUAGGAAGCUUUUUCAACGACAACAAGCACAUUAUCAUCCCCGUCGCCUCAGCCGUUGGUGGCUUCAUCGUACUCUGCUUGUUAUGUUGUAUAUUUUCAUCUUGUCGACGUAGGUCACGGAGAAGAAAGAUAGCCAAGACAACUCAACCGAAUAGCAGCUGGGUUGGUGGAGCCGGAGGUGCGUGGGUUGCGAAUCCAGUCUCCCGUCCACCCCCAGCAGCUCCAGGAAGAAAUAAUCGAGGUCCGCCGCAACAGCAACAACAGUCCUGGCAAGGCGAAAAUCAGUGGAUGCCACCUAGAGCACCUACAAUGCGGUAUGCGUAG